AACAAAUAAAUAAAAUUUUAAAAUAGGUCCCCUAUGAAAGGAGAUCAGACAGUUAGAUUUACUUCCUCUUUUCUAAUUUGAGAGGUAUCGUGUUGAAGAAAAUCAGUGUGUUAGAAGCUGCAGGGGACCUAAACACAGUCACCAUGAAGCUGGGCUGUGUCCUCAUGGCUGGGGUCUUCUACUUUUCUCCUGCUAUGCUCUGGGCAGCCCAGAUGCUACUGGCUGGAUGUCAUGCUGCAUCAUUUUCUGGUUCUUCUCGGACCAUGCCCUCCUCAGCUGCCGGUUUUGAGGCGCUCCAGUGCGAAGGACCUGUCAGCACCCAGGAGGGCAGCUGCCACACUGACGAUGACUUGACGGACCCAAGGGAAGUCGACUUCCAGGUCAAGGGCUACACUUUCAGUGAACCCUUCCAUCUGAUUGUGUCCUACGACUGGCUGAUCCUCCAAAGUCCAGCCUGGCCUAUAUUUGAGGGAGACCCUCUGGUUCUGCGCUGCCAGGCCUGGCAAGACUGGCCACUGACCCAGGUCACCUUUUACCAAGAUGGCUCAGCCCUGGGUCCCCCUGGACCUAACAAGGAAUUCUCCAUCGCCGUGGCGCGAAAGGCAGACAGCGGGCACUACCACUGCAGUGCUAUCUUCAGGAGCCCUGGUCCUGGGAGCCCAGAAACGGCAUCUCCUGUGGCUAUCACAGUUCAAGAACUGUUUCGAGCCCCGGUUCUCAGAGCCACACCUUCAGCUGAGCCCCAAGAGGGAAGCCCGGUAACCCUGAGCUGUCAGACAAAGCUGCCCCUGCAGAGGUCAGCUGCCCACCUCCUCUUCUCCUUCUACAAGGACAGCAGGACAGUGCGUAGCAGGGGCCCUUCCUCAGAAUUCCAGAUCCCUACUGCUUCAGAGGCACACUCUGGGUCCUACUGGUGUGAAGCAGCCACUGAGGACAACCAAGUUUGGAAACAGAGCCCCAAGCUGGAGAUCAGGAUGCAGGGUCCCUCCAGCUCUGCUGCACCCCCCACCUUGAAUCCAGCUCCUCAGAAAUCAGCUGCUCCAGAAACUACUUCUACGGAGCCCCCUGGGCCUCUGCCUCCACCGCCCACCCCUUCUUCUAAGGAUCUGGGCUCCUCUUCUCCUCUGCACUUCCCAGAUCCCCAUCUGCAUCACCAGAUGCGUGUUCUCCUCAAACAAAUACAGGAUAUGAGGGUCAUCCUUGGUCACCUGGUCAUGGAGCUGAGGGACUUGUCUGGCCACCUGAAGCUUCAGGCCACAAAGGGUCCUGCCAAACAUUAGUAAAUAAUUCACCUGCUGUGUUGCUCAACUACCCCCAAUAAAUCCAACUCUUUCUAGUUGUCCUCUUUCUGUUCCAUACUUAAGCAUAAGUAGUUUUACAAGCUGCCCAGUGUUUCGCUAGAGUAACAGGGAUAGGUGAGUAUAAAUAAACGUGUACAAAGUGGUAAUUAGAGUUUAGCUAUAAUUGUAUAUUCUCCCUGAACAUGACAACAUAUUCCUGCUCUAUCUAGACCAGGAGUUGCCUUCUGUUGCUCAGACCAGAAUCUGGUGAUUGAAAGAGAAACAAUGAGAUGAUAGAUUUAAUGCAGCAAUCUCAACCAAGGGCAAUCCCUCCCCACCCUAGGGGACAUUUGGCAAUGUCUGGAGAAAUUUUUGAUUGUUACAUUGCAGGGAGGGUGUGCUCUUGGUGUCUAGUGAGUAGAAGCUGGGGAUGCUGCUAAACAUCCUAUAAUACACAGAACAGCCUUCCACAACAAAGGAUUAUCUGGUCCAAAAUGUCAAUAGUGCUGAGGUUGGGAAACCCCAGCCUAAUGGAGGUGUUGGACUCUGGGAUGGACCUUUGCUUCUUCUACUUAUUCUCUCCUCCUAGCCUUAUUCAGCAAAUAUUAAUUACGUGCUGGUAUUUUGUCGGCCUCUGCUACAUGCCCAAGUUGAUGCUAUGUUAAGUAUACCCAUAAGACAGUGUCUCUGUCUAUAGAAAGUUUACAAUUUGGGAUGGAGGGGCGGUAAUACUCCUACCCAUUAAACAAUUAAAGCAGGGUAUAUAAAAAUUUCCCAUAGGAUCCUAUUGGACUCAGAAACACGUGAUCGAGUAGAACAAUGCCAGAGCAGCAAUUAUUUGUUUUAAUCCAUCUCUGAAAUAUUUUUCUUUAAAAAUAUACAUAAAUCUAUUUUGGUACCAUAGUAAUACUUUAUUUUCUAUGCUUGGACUGCUAUUGUAUAUUCUCAGCCAAUGAGAGCGAGUCUGCCAGAUUCUACAGGAAGUUUUGGUCAGUGAGUUAGCACACCAUUUCAUGACCUCAGCCAAAGAGCGUUCUACCACGUUUCUCCUAAAUCAUGUGGUAUGAGGUUAUCCAGUGUACUUUUUCUUUGUGCCAUUUAUUCUGUGUAUAGUUUGGACCCACAGUGAUUUACAAAAUAUGUACCUGUGAUCGGUCCAGACAUGCGACAAAGAAAUAAAGGAACAGAAUCAUGCUGGAUGUUAAAAUUUGAGUUUUAUGGUGGUUCCUAGCUCCCUCUAAAAUGCCAGUUUUAUGGUGGCUCCUAACACCUUCAAGUGGAAAGAUGAGAAAGAAACUGGAAAUUGGUAAAAGUCCACAAAUAUCACUGCAGCGUGAGAGGAUCGAUUAACAACUGUAUGAAUGGGAGUUACAAGAAAUGAUGACCAGAGAUACGUCAUUUGGUGGAUGACCAAAGUGGAAGCUUAACUGCCAGUGCACUAUGUUGGAUCUCCAAAGAUACUAUGUUAUAACCAUUCUACAUGGAAUUGAUUUCAGCUAAUGGUACCAUGUUCAUGAAUGCAUCCUGCAAGCUCAUGCUAAAUAAGGAAGUCAUGUCCACACAAUAAAAGCUAACCGAGAUCAAGAAAGGAAGAAGUGGGUGCAGCUGACUAAGUGUCUCACUUCUGUACUUGUCAUCCAUGUGUCUGUGUGGACCUCUAUCGUCACACUGCACUUUAAUUUUUUACUAUCUUAUUUCUGUUCACUAGAGGGUGAACACUUUGAGAGCUCCUUGAGCGCUCUGAUCUACAUUGACUCAUUGGUGUCUAGUUUAAUGAGGCAUAUUUAAACUCUUGUAAAUUUUGUUUCAUUGAAUUGAAUUGGGUCAGCAUAAUAAGGGAAGGCAUCCUGAAGAAGAUGGGAAUUAAGCUGAACCUUAAAGGAUGAGUGGUAUGUCUGGCAUCAGCAAAAUCUCCAGAUUCUCCCCAGGGGGCCCAGAUUUGGUCAGGAGCUUGGAAGCCUCAGGGAGAGAAUCUGUUAUCAUCAGGGAUGAGGAAGGCAAGAACAUAACUGGAAGAAUGAAGAGAGAGAGACAGAGAGGCAGAGAGAGAGAGCUUUUAUCUGUCUCUACCUGUCCUGGGGAAGUUGGAGAGGGGGUGGGAAAGAGGAAUUGUUAUACUAUAUUGGGUUUAUGGCCUGUGCAGUUUAGGAUUCUGUAACCCACAGAGGUCCUAAUGCAGCUACACUGGAUGUUAUCUCUGAAAUAAUCAUUAGAUACAAAGCACAUCUAUUAUCUUGUAAAGGCGAAUACUUGCAUACCCUAUAACCCAGAAUACCAUGCUGGAUAUAUAUGCCGAGUACAUGUACACCAGAAGACAAAUACAAUAAUGUUCAUAAUAGCACUAUUUGUAAAAUCAAAACUUUGGAGUCAAUUCAGUUGUCCAAUGAAAAAAUGGAUAAGUUGUGCUAGCUUCACAGAACAGAAUACUAUACAACAGUAGAAUAAAUGAACCAUAGCUACAAUGCAGCAACAUAAAAGAAUAUCAGGAAUAUUACCAUUCAGUGCAAAAAACAAGUCCCAGAAGAUACCAUAUGGUGUGAUGCCCUUUAUACAAAGGAAUAUAUUGCUUAACCAUUCACUCAUACAUACGAUAAACCUUUUUAAAAAGGCACAAAAAUGGAAACACCAAGGUCAGGAUAGUAGUUACCCCUGAGGGGCUAAUGGGAGAAACCAUCGGGGAGGAGCACACAGGUAGAUAUAAUUAUUAAUUUUUUUAAUUUUAAGAAUGUAUUUUAUUUAUUUAUUUUUGGCUGCAUUGGGUUUUCGUUGCUGCGCGCGGGCUUUUUAAGUUGCGGCGAGCAGGAGGCUACUCUUCAUUGCAGUGCACGGGCUUCUCUUGUUGUGGAGCAUGGGCUUUAGGCGUGUGGGCUGCAGUAGUUGUGGUAUGUGGGCUCUAGAGCGCGGGCUCAGAGCGUAGUUGUGGCUCACGGGCUUAGCUGCUCUGUGGCGUGUGAGAUCUUCCCGGACCAGGGCUCAAACCCGUGUUCCCUGCAUUGUCAGGCCGAUUCUUAACCACUGCCCCACCAUGGAAGCCCUAAAUUAUUAAUUUUUAAAAUCUUCUCAGAGUAGGAAUUUAGGCCUCCUUGAAUAUAUAUAUAUAUAUAUAUUUCUCUAAAUCAUCUUCAAAUUCCUUUUUGUUUUCUGCCAUUGUCUUUUCUUAGCAGUAAUAAGAAGCCAAGUUUAUUACCUACAGUAUGAAGUAGUUCUUUCCUUUACUGAUCCCCAAGUAACCCUAACUUACUAAAGAUUGCCCCCAGUAUACCCUUACUAUUUUUGGAUUUGGUGAACAUUUUUUUGUUAACCUUAAAGACAUGACUGUAGAUGUUUCACACAUUUUCGCAGCCAGACAAGACAGCUAAUUUUUGUCAGUACAGAAGCACCUUCAUUUAAUUUGACAUUUAUGUGCAAAGUACUGUGCAAGGUUCUAUAAGAAAAAAAGAAGACAAAUUUAACAUGAUCUCUGCUCUCCAAGGAGAGUUCAAUGGAAGCUUAUGAAGAAAACCCCGCCUCAUAGAUUUGUAGUUGCAUUUUAAGAGCCUUUUCAUAUAAUUGUAGAUAUUCUUCUUUGAUGCUUCCUGAAAACUCGACAAGGGGUAGUUUCUUAAACAGGAGUUGCAUUAUGGAAUCUGAAACCAUAGCAACAAGUGUUUCUUACUCUGUUACAUUAAAAUUCAUUGGUCCUUCUUGUACUUUAAACAGAUCUUUCACCCAUGCAUUGGUCGGUUGAAAAUAUUUGUUCACAAAGUUAUACAGAUCUUUCAAACGUUGAUACCAUCUCACUAUAUACAAUAUUUUAAAAAUCGAAUGUAAUAUCACCACCGAUAUCUUCAGAAAAGUCUUUACUUACUGGGAAGCUGUCAAGAUCAUGAUCAUGAAUACAAAUUUUCCCAAAAUUCUAAUUUUCAUUUGAAAGCUUGAGUUUCAUCAUUGGCAAUAAUUACUGUCAGAUGUUUUCCUUGAAGUGACAGACUCAUUUUGUUCACUCUUGAGAAAAUGUCUGAGAAAUACCCAAGUCUGAAUGACCAAUGUUUUAGUCAUUCUUUCAAUUAAAAAUGGUAUUCCGAGAAAAAGAGUAGCUUGUUCUGGUUCAGCUCAGAACUCAAUUGUGUAACAGCUUUCAAUGAAGACAGCCUUUGUACUUCAGUACAGAAGUGCAUACUUCCUAUUUCAUUACACAGAAUAUUAAAAAUAUGUAUAUUUUGAGCUCAAAAUUUAAUAAAAUUAAUUUUUUAAAUUAUUUCA